AUGAGUAUGUUUACAGGAAGGAAUAGGGGGGGAUCAUCCCUCCCUCCGUCAACAGCUGCAGCAGCAGCAAAUAAUAAUACAGGAGGAGCAUCCUCAACAGCAUUAGUAACAACAAACAGCAGCAGCAGCAGCAGCAGCAACAGCAGCAGCAGCAGCAGCAGCAGCAGGUUCGAUGCAGCAGCAAGCGGUAGUCCUGCGCAGCAAUUAGUUGAACGUUUAUGCGAUGUGUCUCCUGAGGCAUUAGAGAAGGCAAGACAGAUAAUAAAUAAGAUGCGUGCAGCAUCAGCAGCAGCAGCAGCAACAGCAGCAGCAGCAACAGAUGGAGCAGCAACAGGUACACAGUCAACAUCAUCAGCAGCAGCAGCAGCAGCAGCAGCAGGAGACAGCAACAGCAGCUACCUCUUAUGCUUCCAACUAUUAAAGUUGGCGGGCUUAGAGGCAGAAAUUCCUCGUCUUGUUGUCUUUGGUCAACAAAGUAUGGGCAAGACUACCUUAUUAGGUUAG